GGGCUGGGGCCGCUCGGCCCCGCGGGACUGGGUAGGGGCCGGUGGGUGACAGGAGGGCACAGUCCUGGCUGAGCAGGGGACAGGGUGGGGCCAGCAUGGGGUGUCAUCGCUGUGGGGUGAGGUCCCACAGGGCCGGGACUAGUGUGGCACAUCCUGGGGACCCCUUUUCAUGAGGUGCCCCCAAAUGGGUGGGGCAUUGCGGGUGUUCAGGUGCUGGGACAGGGCCAGUGCUGCUGUGGGUGUGCUGGGGCCAUGCUGGGGUGUACGAGACCCUGGGUAAAAAUCCAGGGUUCUGCAUACCCUUCCUCUGGAGCUGCCUGGGGAAAGGGGUGCAGGGGGGACAGCUGGAGGUGCUGGCAGCUGGUGGGGAUCCUGCUGUGUCUGGGUGGGCAUCAGGUCCAGGGGAUCCUUCAGCAGCAGGUUUGAGCCCCAGUGGGUGCGUGUCGGGAUGCCAUAUUCAAUCUGACUGUCCCCACACAGUGAGACUCACUGUAUGUCCCUGCUCAGCUCGCAAACUGCAGCAGUGGGUCCGACACUCGCAGCCAGGGGGACACGGGGACACGGGGAGCAGGAGGGAGCUCAGUGCCUGGCUCUGAGCUGGGGUGUCCAUGGAUCCUCCAUGUCCGUGGGGUCCUCCAUGCAUGAGGCUUUGGGGUCUCUCCAUGGCCCACGCCAGGCCCAGCCAAGUGGGUCAGGAGGGUCAGGGAGCUGCAGGAUCCCGUGCCAGGGAUGCUGAGCUCCCCCAGCCUCACUGCCCCACCAGAUCUGUGGGUCCCAUCUUGAGGGUGCUGAGCUCCCCCAGCCUCACUCCCCCAAGAGCUGUGGGCACCGGGGCCAGCUGUGCCUGGUGAUAAGCCCGGGGUGCCAGCCUGGUUUCCUGUGGGUGGCCACGGUCCCGCUGGAGUCACCCGGGAUGUUCCCCUUGAGCUGCGGGUCUGGCUCCAGCCCCGACCUCAGCCUGCCCGCGGCUUCCUGGAGAGCUGCAGGGACAGGGACAGGCGGGAGGCUCCUGUACUUGCUGUUCCAGGGCCCUCCCCGCCGAGGGGGAUCGGGGGUCUGUCCCCAUGUCCUUACCCGCGUCCCCCCACAGCUGCCAUGGACGACAUCUUCACACAGUGCCGGGAGGGCAACGCGGUGGCCGUGCGGCUGUGGCUGGACAACACCGAGAACGACCUCAACCAGGGGGACGACCAUGGGUUCAGCCCCCUGCACUGGGCCUGCCGCGAGGGCCGCUCCAACGUGGUGGACAUGCUCAUCAUGCGCGGGGCCCGCAUCAACGUCAUGAACCGCGGCGACGACACCCCGCUGCACCUGGCCGCCAGCCACGGCCACCGCGACAUCGUGCAGAAGCUGAUGCAGUUCAAGGCAGACAUCAAUGCAGUGAACGAGCACGGGAACACGCCACUGCACUAUGCCUGCUUCUGGGGACACGAGCAGGUGGCUGAGAGCGUGCUGAGAAGCUGGGCCAGAGCCUCACCAAGAUCCCCUACAAGGACACGUUCUGGAAGGGCACAACCCGCACCCGGCCCACUGUGGAAGGGGCGCUGGCAGGGCAAUGACAUCGUAAUCAAGAUACUGAGGAUCCGGGACUGGACAACGCGAAAGAGCCGGGACUUCAAUGAGGAGUACCCAAAACUGCGGAUCUUUUCCCACCCCAAUGUGCUGCCGGUGCUGGGUGCCUGCCAGGCCCCUCCAGCUCCCCACCCCAUUGUCAUCAGCCACUGGAUGCCCUAUGGCUCCCUGUACAACGUCCUGCACGAGGGAACCAAUUUUGUGGUGGACCAGAUGCAGGCGGUGAAGUUUGCCUUCGACAUUGCGCGGGGCAUGGCCUUCCUGCACACGCUGGAGCCCCUCAUCCCACGGCACCACCUCAACAGCCGCAGCGUCAUGAUCGAUGAGGACAUGACGGCACGGAUCAGCAUGGCCGACGUCAAGUUCUCCUUCCAGUGCCCAGGGCGGAUGUAUGCCCCGGCCUGGGUGGCUCCUGAAGCCCUGCAGAAGAAACCAGAGGAGAUCAACCGGCGCUCAGCUGACAUGUGGAGCUUUGCGGUGCUGCUGUGGGAGCUGGUGACACGUGAGGUGCCCUUCGCUGACCUGUCCAACAUGGAGAUUGGUAUGAAGGUAGCGCUGGAGGGGCUGCGUCCCACCAUCCCCCCUGGCAUCUCCCCCCACAUCUGCAAACUGAUGAAGAUCUGCAUGAACGAGGACCCGGCCAAGCGCCCCAAGUUCGACAUGAUUGUGCCCAUCCUGGAGAAGAUGCAGGAGAAGUAGAGAGGAGGCGCCUCCUCCCCCCUCCAGUGCUGCCUUGCGCCCCCCGCCACCCCCAAGUGCCUUUAGCCCCAGAGCCAGGGGGAGCACAGGACACCCCUCACCCUGAGCCAGCCACGGACACACGGUACAGAUGGCACUGCCUGCGCUGGAGCUCUGCAGGCUCCGGCCCCCCGCCCAGGGCAGCCCCACCCAGCCCAGUGCAGACCCCUGGCCCAGGGCACGGCGCGUGGCCUGGCCGGGCUGCGGGGGGACGGGGCUGUGGGGCCCCCUGUCCCCCUUGCUGGGCAAAGCCCAACCCAGGACUCAGCCCCCCAAGGCUGGGGGGCAAGGGGCAGGCCAGGAGAGGCCACCUGUGGUGCCCAGCACUGCCCCCGCUUUGCGCUUCACUGGCCACUUCCCUCUGGCCCCAGAAUGGCCACUGGCAACCAAAUAAACCUUUGGUAUGGAA